GCUGUACCGAAGUGACGCCGCCCUCCUGACCGGCUCUCUCUAACAGGGACCAGAGAUCAGAACAGGGACCAGGACCAGGGACCAGGCCCGGACUCUGUGCAGGAUGCCCCCCGCUGAGUGUGUGUAGCUCCCGGGAGAUGGACCCGGACCCGGUGUGCGUCGGGAUCCCGCUGACGGAGCAGGAGAGGCGGCUGUUCUCCGGGCUGCUGAGCCGCUGCCAGGCCCCCCCCUCCGGACCCCUGAGCUCCGGGAGGGUGGCCGAGCUGUUCCAGGCUGCACAGCUGCCCCCCGAAGCCCUGCACCGGGUGAUGGAGGUCUGUGGGGCGAAGAGACUCGGUUUCUUCUCGACUCGUCAGUUCUUCGUGGCUCUGAAGCUGCUCGCUGCCGCUCAGGCAGGACUACCUGUUCACCUGGAGAGCCUGAGAGCAGAUCUCCCUCUCCCCAGGUUUGAGGGUCUGAAGAACGAUCCGGAGGUCUGGUUCCCCCCUGCAGACGAGGGGGAGACACAGCCUCAGGACCCCUGGAGGAUCUCAGAGGAACAGCUCCAGUAUUACACCGCUCAGUUCAGGAGUCUGCAGCCCGACCUGGGGGCUCUGAUCCUGGGAAGCAUCGCUAAGAACUUCUUCACGAAGUCCAAGCUGCCGAUCCCUGACCUGUCUCACAUCUGGGAGCUGAGUGACGUGGACAGAGAUGGCGCUCUCUCCUUCUCUGAGUUCUGCACAGCGUUCCAUCUCAUCGUGGCUCGAAAGAACGGAUACCCUCUCCCUGAGACGCUGCCCCCCCUCUGCAGCUGCACACAGGAACCCCCCCCCGAGAGCGCUGAGUCCAGAAGCAGACCUCCUCAGGACCUGGACCCCCCCCUGAGGACCAGAACCAGACCUCCUCAGGACCUGGACCCCCCCCUGAGGACCAGAACCAGACCCAGGUCGUUCUCCAGCACGUCUAUAGAAGAAGCCAUGAAGAAGUCAGAGGAGCCCCCGACCCCCCCACCCCGGCCCCAGAAGACCCACUCCAGAGCCUCUUCUCUGGACCUCAACAAGCUCUUCCAGCAGGGGGCUCCAG